GGGAAGGGUCCCAGGCCGGGGGUCUCCCCCGAGCUGGAGCCCGACGGGGGUCCCCGUGGGGUCCUGCGGGUCCGGGGCGCGGCGGGACCUGGGGGUCCCUGACGAGUGCCGGGUGGAUUCGGGUCCCGCCUCGCCCGCGCCCUCGUCCGGCUCGUCGUCACCUACGGCCCCGAGCUGGAGGCGGAGCCUGAGGAAGGGGCGUGGCCUCCACAGGGGGCGGGGCCACCGCAGGGGGCAGGGGCACCGCAGGGGGCGGGGCCACCGCAGGGGCGGGGGCACCGCAGGGGCGGGGCCACCGCAGGGCGGGGCCUGUCACCGUCCUGGUCCCCGAGGGGCGACGUCGGCGCAGCCUCGGUGCCGGGCCCGGGGAGUGCCGGGGGUGGAGCUGAACUGGGAGAGACUGGGACACCCCCUGGGGAAUGGGGAGCUGGGUCUGGAAUUCCAGUCCCACCAGUGGCGGGAGGGCCCCUGGACCAGUUCCAUCCUCACCCUCCCCAACGUCACCGGCGCCCGGAGCCGCCUGCGCCACCAGUUCCACCAGUUCCACCAGUUCCAGCAGUCCCAGCGGGCCCAGGGGGGCGGGGCCACCCCCAGGCCUCGCUACCGGUACCAGAACGUCCCCCAGGGCCCGGACUGGGAGCACUGGGAGCGCUGGGAGGGGGAUGGGACCCUCGGGAGCUUCGUCUGCGUCGCCACCAACGGGAGGGGAACGGCCCGGAGGGAAAUGAGGCUCAGACUGGGAGACCGUCCCGACCCCCCCCAGUCCCUGCGUCUCUCGGGGGUCUCCCCGACCUCGCUGAGCCUUGAGUGGCACCCGGGCUUCGAUGGGGGGCUGCAGCAGCACUUCCUCCUGCGGUAGGGGGCGCCCUUCACCUCCCCCCCCAUUUCCCAUCCCCUCCCGUGUGUUUGGGGUCGAUUCUGGUGGGAAAAAAGUCACUUCCGGUGCAAAAACGUCACUUCCGGUGCCCAAAUCACCACUUCCGGUGCUAGCAACCUCACUUUCUGGGCCUGUUGUAUCAGUCCCCAUCAAAAUAACUCCACUUCCGGUGCAAAAGCGUCACUUCCGGUGCUCACAACCUCAAUUUCCGGGCCUGUGAUAUCAGUCCCCAUCACAAUAGCGUCACUUCCGGUCCAAAAACGUCACUUCCGGUCCAAAAACAUCACUUCCGGUGCUAACAAUCUCAUUUUCUGGGCCUGUUGUAUCAGUCCCCAUCACAAUAACACCACUUCCGGGGUUAAAAAGUCACUUCCGGUGCACAAAACAGCACGUCCGGUGCCAAUAACCUCAUUUUCUGUGCCAAUAAUAACGGGUCCCAUCAAAAUAACCUCACUUCCGGUGCUAAACCGUCACUUCCGGUGCAUGCCACACCCCUUCCGGUGAUAACAACCUCACUUUCUGGGCCUGUUAUAUCAGUCCCCCUCAAAAUAACUCCACUUCCGGUCCAAAAACGUCACUUCCGGUGCCCAAAACCUCAUUUUCUGGGCCAGUUAUAUAAGUCCCCAUCAAAAUAGCACCACUUCCGGUGCAAAAACGUCACUUCCGGUGCUAAAACAUCACUUCCGGUUAUAACAAUCUCAUUUUCUGGGCCAGUUAUAUCAGUCCUCAUCACAAGAACUCCACUUCCGGUGCUAAAACGUCACUUCCGGUGCUCAAUAAAAAACAACUUCCGGUGCCAAUAACCUCAUUUUCUGUGCCCAUAAUAACGGGUCCCAUCAAAAUAACCUCACUUCCGGUGCUAAAACGUCACUUCCGGUGCAUGCCACACCCCUUCCGGUGAUAACAACCUCACUUUCUGGGCCUGUUAUA